UGGAAGGCUUCCUCGAUUGCGCUAUCGCCCCGAGACUCCUCCAGAGCACCGGCGCACCCUCGGGGCCGUCCUAUCGAUAUCAAGUACGUCUGCAGGCCACAGCGCCCCGCCAUCCAGGACGCCCAGGGUAUCUAUUCCCAACAGAACCGCAUCGAUGGACACCGGCUCGUCGCGGCUGCGGAAGCGCCGGGGUUCCUGUGACAGCGACCCAGAUCAACCAGCACAUCCGGCCCAGCCCAUCCACACCUCGGCCCAGGGCUCCUCUGAGUCGUCUGUCGCCCAUACAGACGGCAACUCGGAUGACCUUAGCUCCACCUCGAGGGCCGCCCCGCGGUACCGGUCGCCGGUGCGUCGAAGAUAUGUCUCGGUCUUCUCGGCCUUUGCCCGCUCGUCACCGACCCGCACGUCACCGACCCGCACGUCACCGACCCGCACGCAUAGCCUGCAUCGCCGGCUGCUUGGCAUCGGCGGCAGCCGCAGCCACGCCGAGGCUUCCGAGACAAAUCUUGCAUAUCCGACCCAGCGGCGGCUUUUCUUUGUCGUCGGCAUUUUCUUUGGCCUCGCUCUGACCACCUUCCUUGGGGUUCGAUACACCCCGAUCGAGUUCGCGCUGCCCGAGCGGGCCCAGAACACCACCGGCCUCGGGGACUACCUCCUGACCAUCCUGGGCGAUGUCGACAUCUCCAACCUCCUGGUCAACUCGUCCGCCCGCAUGAACCCAGCCGAGGUCCUGGGCAACCUCACCGAGGCCAUCGUCAGCUUUUCGCUGUUCUCGUCCGUGGUUCCCGAAAACGAAGAGUUCAUGCCCGGCCUGAAACUCGCUGACCAGGGCCUGCAUGCCAAGCAUCCGGUGGUCCUCGUUCCUGGGAUCGUCUCGACUGGACUUGAGGCUUGGAACCCUCCGCCCGCAUCCUACGACCAAGCGGACGCUGGCCACCACCACCAGCACCACAAUAACAGCAACGGCAACGGCAACGGCAAUAGCAACGGCAGUCAUAACAGGGAGAUACCCUGUGGCCAGAAAUACUUUCGCAAGCGUCUCUGGGGCACCAUGAAUCAAUUUCAGGCCCUGCUGCUCGACAAAGAUUGCUGGAUAAGCCAUAUGAAGCUCGACGAGAAGACGGGCAUGGAUCCGCCUGGGUUCCGACUGCGGGCUGCUCAGGGCCUGGAUGCAGCAGACUACUUGUUCCCAGGCUACUGGGUCUUUGCUCGAAUCAUUGCCAACUUGGCAGCACUCGGCUACGACAAUAAUCAGAUGAUCUUGGCAUCCUACGACUGGCGCCUGGGAUUCGCAGAUCUGGAGAAGCGGGACCACUACUUCACGUAUCUCAAGUCGUCGAUCGAGCUCCUUGUCAAGACCAAUCCGCACGGCGAAAAGGCCGUCGUGGUCUCGCACUCGAUGGGCUCGCUGGUGCUCUUUUACUUUCUGCACUGGGUACAGAGUCCGGCCGGCGGGAACGGCGGCGAUACCUGGCUCCAGGACAACAUUCACUCCUGGGUCAACCUUGCCGGCCCCAUGCUCGGCGUCCCCAAGGCCGUUUCGUCGCUGAUCUCGGGCGAGAUGCGCGACACUGUCCAGCUGAACUUUGUCGGUGCAUCCAUCGCCGAGCGGCUAUUUUCGAAACGGGACCGGGCUGCCCUCUUCCGCACCUGGACGGGUCUCCCGUCGAUGCUGCCCAAAGGCGGCGAGAUCAUCUGGGGCCAUUCUGGCGAGCCGGCACCGGACGAGCCCCAGAGCAGCCCCGUGCCAGCUUCUGAACCGUUGUCAGGCCCCACGAGCAGCAACGGCAUCCCAACCAACUCGUUCUCGACUAUGGUCGACUAUACAAGCCCACAGAACAUAUCCAACCAGACCAUUACCGAAGCCAUCGAUCUCGUCGUCAGCCUGGCUGCCGAUGCCAUUACCGAUCGCUGGUUCAAGACUUACAACAACUUGAGCCGCGUGGCAUCCUCGAGGGAGGAUCUGCUUGCUGCUCACGACGACCCAUCCUUCUGGACCAACCCCUUGCUCACUCCCCUGCCCAACCUCGGCGACAACUUCAAGCUCUACUGCAUGUAUGGCGUUGGACUGGCCUCGGAGCGAAAGUACUUUUACAAGCGCGAGAAGCUUGCGGAUGUCAUGGAUCCAGAGACCCUUGCAAAGUGCCGAUCCGAGUACUCGGUCGACUGCGACUGGGCACAUUCGAUUGAUGUCACGAUCAACAGCAAGGAGCGCUCGGUCGAGAAUGGUGUCCAGCUGAGCGACGGCGACUCGACCGUGCCGCUGAUCUCCCUGGGCUACAUGUGUGCCGAGGGAUGGCGGCGGCGACGCUACAACCCGUUCGGUGCCAAGAUCGUUACUCGAGAACACCUCGACCGGACCGACACCGGCGUGACCAGCUUCAGAGGCGGGCCCAACUGCAGCAGCCACACCGAACUGCUUGGAAACCACGCUGUGAUCGAAGACUUGCUGCUCAUCGUGUCGGGCCACGAUACGGAGGACAAGCUCUCGGACCAAUUCAUAUCUGAGAUCCGGGAGAUAUCGAGGCGGGUUCGUUUGCCGGACGGGUUGGAUGACUGACGGGAUCGGGCACUCCCAAGGUCCCAGUGGCUCUGCGCAUGCUCUCUGCCCAUGGGCUCGACGAUUGGAUGAUAUGGAUCGAUGUUUUUUCAGACACU